GAGCUGUCUCCUCUUAUCUUUUCCGUUAAAAGAAGACGACACCGCCGUUUAUCGCCGUGGUCCAUGGAAUUCAACCAGAGGAAGACAAGACCCUGAGAGACGCCAUCUGCUCCUUCUCCUCUCUCUCUCUCUCUCAAAUCUACCUCGAUCUGACGAUCCUCAUAAACCCUAGAUUUUCCUCAGAUUCUCGUUUGGAGAUUGCGUAGUUUCUCGAUCGGGGGCUCGAUCGAUCGCGUCUCUGAUUGGAUUUGAUCGGAAUACUAUUAGAUUUAGGUUCAGAAAAUCUGGAGAGAGGUAGGUAGAAUUUGGCGAAGAUGAUGCAGAGACGGAGUCCUCCGAAGCAUAGGCAUGACGGAACGUCGCCGCUUCCAUUGGGGAUGGAUUGGAGUCCUCCCCCGCGCAAAUGGAAUGGUAGAGAUACUGUUUGGCCUCAUGACCCUCGAACUGGAUGGAGUUAUUGUGUUACGAUACCCUCCUGGGUUGUCCUUCCUAAAUCAAGAAAUUCAGAUCCUGUUGUGUUUUACAGGGUUCAGAUAAGUGUGCAAUCCCCUGAAGGUGCGACUACAAUGCGGGGAGUGUUGAGAAGAUUUAAUGAUUUUCUAAAGCUAUUGACGGAUCUUAGAAGAGAAUUUCCCAGAAAGACUUUUCCAUCAGCUCCACCCAAAGGGCUGUUACGUAUGAAAACUAGAGCACUGUUAGAAGAGAGAAGGUGCUCUCUUGAGGAGUGGAUAAUGAAGCUAUUAUCUGAUAUAGAAUUCGCAAGAAGUGUCGUAGUUGCAUCCUUUCUUGAACUGGAAGCUGCUGCUAGGUCUGCAUGCCAAGAUGUCGAUCAGAAUGCUUCUGAUGCCACUAGUGAUAAAAAUAGCUCAAGUUCGUCACCAAUGGUUCACCCAAGUUUGAGCUUGUUUCAGACUGGCGGUGGUUCUUCUCUCACGUCUGACUAUGGCAGCGAUACUGCUUAUGAAACGUCUGAGUUUGGAUCUCCAAGUUUAGGACAGGAUGAUGUUUCUGAAAUUGGUACCGAGGAUCUAACUGUGGAUGAAGAAGUAACAAAUCCAAUGGAGAAGCUCCUUAACUUAAGCAUGUCCAACAUUGACGAGGGACUUUCGAUGAGCCAAACUAUUCUAGAUCAACUUGAAGACUUUCCCAAACAUAAAGUCCGAUCAAGAUAUGUCAAUAACAUCCCAGGGAAAGAUGUGUAUAAUGGAAAUGCUUCUAAAGGUGUACUUCUUGCUAAUAAUGGCUCACGACUUCUCUCUGAACCAGAGCCGUUAGCUCACUCAGUUAUGCAUGGUAGAAAUCUUUCUUUUGAGAGUGCUGACGGGUUUUCUCUACACACCGGUGAGACAUCAACAUCUGGUCUCCUAAGCUCAAGCAGUGAUAGCCACUUGGAUAUGCACCGAGGUGCUGGUGCAUCGCUUGGAACUGGUAUUGUUUGUAACCCGGAGAGGCAGGGUAGUGCACAAAUAGUUCUUCCACUGGACCUGCGUAAGAAAUUGAACAAGAUUCUGUUAGCCACGAAUGAGAGACUUGUCAAUGCAAAAACAGAUAUGGAGGAUCUUAUAGCAAGACUAAAUCAAGAGAUAGCGGUCAAAGAUUACCUGAACAAAAAGGUUAAUGAUCUAGAAGGGGAGCUUGAAACUACUAAGCAGAGAAGCAAAGAGAACUUGGAGCAAGCUAUUAUGACCGAGAGGGAAAGAGUUACUCAGAUGCAGUGGGAUAUGCAAGAACUUAGACAAAAAUCCUACGAGAUGGAAAUGAAGUUAAAAUCGAGAGAGGAUGGGAGCUCACAUGCAGAACCUACAGAACAGUCAACUAUUUCUGAGAGAAAUGUUUUGUCAGAAGAAUUAGAUGCCCGAAAACAACAACUGGAAGAUCUCUCCAGGCGAUAUGAUGAACUAGAGGCAAAAUCAAAAGCAGAUAUUAAAGUUCUUGUCAAAGAGGUUAAAUCUCUGAGGCGUUCUCAUGUGGAACUAGAAAAGGAGCUGACUCAAUCUUUGACAGAUAAAACUGAAGCCGAGAAACUACUAGAACAUGAGAGAAAACUACUUGAGAACACAGUAUCGGCUAGAAAAAAGUUGCUUAGUGACUGCAGAAUUCUCCACGACCGGCUUAAAGAGUACAACUUGAAUUUGUCAACAGACGGAAACGGUAACUUCCUAGAGGUAUCAGAUGCUUUGCGUUUGCUGUCAGUAUCUGAUGAUCAAAUUGAGGAGGCUCAGCUGCUUGCGGGGUUUGAUGAAGCUGCUCAAGACAUUGAUAAAUCUCUCAGCAUCGAUAAUGAAACAAGAAUCAUGGAGGACGAGCUAAGGAAGAUAUUAGCAGAUAUUUUUGUUGAGAAUGCCAAAUUGAGAAAACAGGUGAACUCUGCAAUGCUUCGUGCUCUCCAGAAAGACGUAAAGACAACCGAAGAUGUGCAUGAGGAAAAUGGCGACGAGAAAGAGGAGGCAUCAACGGAAACACUGAACAUAUAGGGUACUGUAAUCAUAUAAUAUUUGGCUUUGUCCCGAGACUAGAGAGUUUACAACGAGAAAUGCCAAUUUUUAUUUUUAUUUUUUUUAUGAAAAGACUGGUCGCUUUCUUUUACAAACGGUUGGUCUCUUGGAGAAGCAGAAUUAGUUGGAGCUGUGUAAUCAAAUAUAUACAGAAACACGUGAACACCCCUUUUGAUAAGUACAUAAGGAAAAAACAUUUGUAUUGCGUA